AUGGCUAGAACCUGGCAGGCCCUGCUGCUCCUGCUUGCCAUGCUGUUGGCCCUGGUGGCUCUCACCAAUCAAGCAGGGAAGAAAACCUUUAUUAGCAUCAGUGAAGUGAGCAAAGCAGAAUCCCACGUGAAGAACACAGUGCAGUUCAUGAUGGAUACCUUCAAUCAGGAGAACGAGGACCCGUACAACUUCCGCAUCAUCCGAAUCCUCAACAUCCAGAAGCAAGUUUCUGACCACAUGGAGUAUCACAUUAACGUUGAAAUGAGGCGGACCACAUGUCAAAAGUUACAGGUCAAUACAAACUGUGGAUUUCAGGAAGGAGAACUUUACAAGCAAAUCAAGUGCUACUUUUCCGUGUUUGUUAUACCUUGGUUUGAAAAGUUCAAAGUUCUGAAGAGAAACUGCACCAAUGACUAG